AUGUUUUUAUCACGGGACAACGUUGAGUUGGCUGUGUUUGUCGAUGAGACACUAUGGAGGCACUUUAGCAGCAAAUAUGGCGGUCAAGCGCACACCAAGCUUCAAGACUACAUGCUCACCUUGCUGAACAACAUCCAGAUCAUGUACUACCAGCCGUCAGCAUCACCACCCCUGACAUUCAGAGUGAUUCGAUAUGAAGUGCUUACGAACCAGCCGGUAAGUGCAUGA